AUGGGAGUUGUUUUCAGAGCUGACAAGCAAUUGCUUAAAUUCCAAACAAAUUAUUACCGAGAGGAACAGAAAAGAAGAGAAAAGAUUUUGGACGAGGCUGCAGAAAGGGGUCUGUUUUUGGAAGACGACAGUUUGAAUUCUUCUAGAUCAACAACAUGA